CAACGUUAACAAUGCUGCUAAAGCUAUGUUUAUUUUAAAUAGAAAAUACUGAUUUUAAAAUUGAUAGUGCAAUUAAAAUGACACUAAAAACCUGUGUUUUGUUGUGUAUGGUUUUUGGCUCAGCGCUCUCUGCCUGCAACUUCCCAUCAAAACUGAAAGAUGCUGAUUGGUUGAGCUCGGUGAAAGGGCUACUGUCUUUUAACCAGACACACCUCACCGGUUAUGACAUCGGCUCCUUCACGGGCCUGUCGUUCGAAUGUUACCUCUACGAUGGUGGAAAUUUCAUAAUUAAAUCGAACGAAUUCGACGCUCUUGGGGGUAACUUUGUGAACGCAUUCGUGUGUUUGAAGUUCGAGAAGAUAACAGAUCAGAAGUAUCUGUACUACCUGCUUACAUCUAAAAUAGAUGAUAUCAACGAGCAUGUGAUCCUCAUCGACAACACGGCGACAAGCGUCACUUCCGCCGAGGUGUGUACUGCCGCGUCCGACGCCGGUACCAUCCAGAAUGCCAAAAUGCUCGUGAAAGACGGUUACAUGACCUCGGAGCAGAUCCAGUGCCCGGAUGUCAUCCUCGGCAAGUAUGACAUCCUGGCGGACUCGAGGGUGAACUCGUUAGCCUGCUCGAGCCCUGUCUGGAACGGAUGCACGGAUAUACAGACGAUGUCCGUCUCAGAGAAAGGUGUCCUGUGCAAUGGAACAUACUUCUUCUCUGAGAACGCCUCUGCGAGCUGCCUUUACAGCGGCAAGACUUCGGAUGACGAGGUCAUCGUGUACACGUAUAACUAUGAGCAGCCCAAUUUGACAGACACAAGUAACGCCUUGUUCACAUGCAUGGUGAUCAGCAAGAACUCAACUGGUUCUGUGUUCGUGACCAUGAGACCCAACGAGUGUAACAGCACACAGACCUCUACCAGCCUGUCGGAUGAUGAUGCUGAGGGACAGACCCUAGAAAUGAAAACGAAAUUUCCAGUUAUAACGACCCCGUCAAAGGCUACACCUUCCACUACUACAGCCACAUCUACAAUGAGCGCUGGCCUUGUCGGUGGAAUUAUCGCGAUCGUCGUAGUAGCAGUCGCAGCCGUAGUGAUAGUAGUAGUGAUUGUAAUUAUAAAGAAAAAGAACGCCAAGAAAGUCGACCCAAGAAUCAUUGAUAAGGAGGUAACGGACGUGGAGGAAACGGAAAAGAGCCGGGAACUGGACGCUGUCACACCGAGCGUCGUUAAAACGGAAAUGUCUGCUAGAAAUGGGGUCUCCCAUGGUAAGUUGACGCAGGUCCUUGGUCCCGAGUACACAAUGUCGAAUGCGACAGACGAAAAGAAAGCGGAGGCUGUUGAAACUGCGGCCGAAUAUCAUUAUGUUGAACUGCAUGAGCUGGAAAGCAUCCAUAAGUUGCCUCCGAUCGAGACUGGGCAUACGCCACGAGAGGCGUUGUCACCUCUUGAUACACAGCUCAAAAAGUCCACACUUCCAGCUAUUAAAUAA